GCUGCUGCUGUUCAGUGCAGCUAAAACACCGAGUCACAGUUUUUAUAUCAAUUUAUAGCCGAAAAUCAAGUUAAAUUAUUGUUUUUUUUAAUACGCCGGAAGACAUGCGAAGACGGAAAUUCAGAAACCCAGAAGAAAACAAGCUGAAUAACGGUUUCAAGCCGAAAGAGAGGAUUUAUUAAAGCCUGUAGGUCACCGUCCCUGCAGCCUCAGCAGCAUCAUGGUGGACAUUUGUGUGAAGAGCGGAGCUGCUUGGGUUUGUAACUCUCCGGGACGUCACCUGACUGAUGUCCUGCUCCCUGUUUACAACGGUAACGAAGACGAUGAUGAAGAGGGAGAGGAGACACAUCGAGGUGACCCGGUGCUGUUGGAGCAGACGGAGGAAGGGUCUCCCUGUGUCUUGAUGCUCCGCUGCAGCCCUGGCUCCCCAGCAGUCAUCAGCCGCCUGCAAGUCGUCAGCGAGGCUCGAACCAUAGAGGUGUACGACCAGACAGGAGAAUACUGUGGAACGGUACGAGGAAAGAGGGACGACAGCGUCCAGUCAGACAGUGCAGACAGAGGACCUUUCUACAGGAAACGGCUGAUCCUCGAUGAUCCAUCUUCAGCCUGUGAAGUGAAGCUGCUCUCUCUGGCCGGUAGAAGCAGCGUUUUGAUGUGUCGAGUCCUCGUCGGUCUUAAGCAGCUGCAGCCAGGCCCGGCUCGCGGUCCCGGCAUCAACAUGCAGCAGGUGCAGAGUCUGGUGGACGAGAUGGGGACGAGCCUCUCACCCGGAGCACAGAAUCUCAUGGAGAUGGUGCACAUCCAGCAGAAGAACCAGACGAGCUCUCUGGAUGGCCUCCUGCCUCUCCUGAUGGGUGGAGGAGCUUUCUCCGCCCUGACACGAGGAGCCACAGCAGCUCUCAGGAACGAGCCUCAGCCUGCAGACUUCAGGCAGCAUCCAAGUUCACCGGCUCAGAACGGAGCAACGCCCGACUCCUCUACCUCGUCUUCCUCCCCCUCAGAAAUGUCACUGUCUAGUGUCAGCAGCAGAAACACAACAGGCAGUGAGAGCAGAAGCCCGGUGAGCCACGCCCAGCUGGCGGAUAUGAUGUCACACUUCCUAAACGGGCACGGCCAGGCGUCGAGCCCCGGCCCCGACUUUCUGCCCAUGCUCCAGAGCGUCUGCGGUCAGGUGACGCAGCUGAGGCUGGACGACGCCGCGGCAGAGAGGGAGAAGACGAUGAACAACGGCUCAUGGGAGUUGGACGCAGCCAUGGAGCGCCGCCUUGAGGAGAUGGAGAAGAGGCUGAAGGAGCACGUGGACCGCCGCCUGGAUGCUCUGGAGCAGAAGAUGGAGAAAGCCCUGCUGAGCGCUCUGCCGCUGGUCGCCCUCAACCAGGCGGCCGUCAGCGGCUCGGUGGGAGGAGCUACGCCCGGAGCUCUGACGGAGCAGACCGCCCCAACGCCCGCUAUGCACUGAUCAUGUGACCACUGAAGGCUUUUUACUGCACCUCUUUAAACUUCACCUCAGUGUCAGAGUGGAUGAGCAGGACGGAGACACUAACGAAAGAGAAACUAACACAAUGAUCUGAUCAAACUUAACAUUGUGUUUAAAUUAGAAGUGUCUCUUUUUAUCUCUGAGGGGAAAAAACAACAACAACCAGCGAGCGAAUGUGACAUUUUGACAGCUGCAGUGAAUGUCACAUGUCUCUUCAACUUAAGAACGCAGCGUAAUAGCUUCACUAAAAAAAAAAAAGAAAGAAAGAAAAGAAACUAUGACAGAAAACAGACUUUUUAUUGCUGUUACAUAAAAAGACAACAUGUCCUACGGCUGCUCUCUCAGUCUGAGAACGAUAAAUAAAAUACCCCAAAACAACAGGAAAGAGGCCAUUUAAGAUUUUAGGUUUAACAUUCAAACAUAAAACAAAAAGGAAGCUUUAAAUUAUUGAUGUGAUGUGAUCUUCUCCUGGGUUUUUUGGCAGGUUUUAAACUUAAUGAUAAUAAUUAAACACCGGAUGAAAACUCACUGAUUCCACCUUAAAUAGAAACUGUAAAACACUCCUCUGAUCCAGAUGAUCCUCACUCACAGUUAUAUCUUUUUUUAUUCACACUAUGUACUGUAACUGCACUGAUCUCUGGUGUUAAGUGUUGUAAAUGUCACACACACACACAAACACACACACACACACACACUUCUGUCUACAGGAGUGUGAAAUAUAAUGUUAACUGAUUUAAAAAAAAGUGUUUUUUAAUAUGUAUGUCACUGUAAUGUUUAAAUAAUGUACAUGUUUAUAACAUAAAGCUUAUCUGCCAAUGUUCAAACUGUUAAAAAACUGUGUGAUGAUGUUAAAAAAGCAAAUUAAAAUAUAUUUA